AUGGCGGCGAGUGCGGUGGAUGCGACGGGGAAUCCGAUCCCGACAUCUGCGGUGCUAACGGCUUCAUCGAAACAUAUAUCGACGAGAUGUUUCCCAGAGAAUGUGGAGUUUCUCAAGUGCAAGAAGAAGGAUCGAAACCCGGAGAAAUGCCUCGAAAAAGGCCAGCAAGUUACUCGCUGUGUCCUUGGAUUGUUGAAAGAUCUUCACCAGAAAUGCACAAAAGAGAUGGAUGCUUACGUUGGCUGCAUGUAUUACUAUACAAAUGAAUUCGAUUUGUGUCGCAAAGAGCAACAAGCAUUUGAGAAAGCUUGCCCUUUGGAAUGA